UUCGACCCUCGUUCCCGGCACGUUGCACGCACACUUUUUUAGAGACGAUCGAACUGUUUUAGAGACGAUCGACCAUCGUUUGUAGAAGAUGGGGGACAACUACACGCCUUAUGGAGCAUGUUUUAACUGUAAGCAACAGGGGCAUUGGGCACGCAACUGCCCUUACCCACGCAGGGAUGAUGGUCUGGUAUCCGGUAGACCGAUCACGGGGCCAGCUUACGGCGCCACAGCUGCCCGUUCACAACCGUUGCUCAACCCACCCCACCUUGCUGCCCCUAAUCCUAAUCCUUAUGCUCCCUCUGCUCCUCCUUUGCCGACAUUCCCACCACCUGCUACUACCUCUUCGCAGCCUUCUGCGCCGCCUACCACCACUUACGCAACUUCGGCAGACUCGAUCGCUUCCUCUUCCAAUGCCAUUGUCCCGUAUCAACCUCGCCAGAUUGUCCAGAAUCCUGGCCCGCCUGCUUGGAACUCUUGGAAUCGGGGCUCUAGAUCAUAUGAGGGUGAGAUGGUCGCCUUGAUUCGUGAGAUUGCCUACGACAAUUGGGAAAUGAGAGAGUUGAGGAGGCAGGAAAACGAACGAAGGGUUAGAGAAGAACAGGAGAGAGUUGUUAAGGAAGCCGAGGAGAAAAGGAAAGAGGAGGAAUCGAAGAAGGAAGCUGAGAAAGAAGCAAGGUUAGAUAAGAUGUUGGACGAACGAAUGAAGGAGAUGGAGAAGAGGAGGGAGGAGGAGAACAAAAAAAAUUGGGAGAAGAUUGAGAAGGGGAAGGGUACGGACGUGGCGGCUACCCAAGAAGACAAGGCGGCUACUAACGGCGACAACAAGAAACGAGGACAAGAAGAGAUGGCAGGUGCUGCCCCAAGUCAGCCUCCGACUCCGAGGCAACGCGUUCAAAAAGUUAACGCUCUCGAUGUCGGGCUUCUACUGAUGAACCUGGACAACGUACAGCGAUCGCAAGCACAGCAAAAGAAGCUCAUGGAACAGCAGCAGUCUCAGCAGAACGCUAUGUUCGAGCGCAUGAUUGGGCUAAUUGAGAAGUUGGAUGCAGUGCAGCGAGCAAGCUCCUCUGCGCCCCCUCCUAUGUGGAUCCCACCUGCUGCCGCUGCCGCUACCGUGCCUCCCCCUCAGUUCCAACCAACCUUCCAACCUCCCCCGAUGCAAGCCCCCGCUGCUGCCACUGCUGUACCUCCUCCUCAACCCCAACAAAACUUCCAACCCCACCAAUCAGAAUCAUCCCUCCCAUUGCGCCCCCUCCCACUCAGCCUGCAGGGGCGGAGGGAGCAGCCUCCGUUGGCUACUCCUCCUCCUCCCCCUCCCCCACGAGCCGCCACCCAAUUGUCACCCCCUCCAUCCCCUAUUGCACCUCCUCCUCCCCCUCCCCCUCCCCCUUCUUCUCCCCCCCCUCCUCCACCAGCAGGCCGAAACCCUUCCUCUAGGCGAGCUUACCGGGAUCCGGCUCUCGACCGACAGAAUGGGACCACUAACCGACCAGUCACCAGGAGCAUGGGACCUCGUGGAACCCAGGCAGAAGACAUCCUAGGGCCUUCUCAGACACCUGCAGGCGGCAGAGUCUCUGGACGGCUUGCAGACGUCGUCGCAUCUGUAGCAGGAACUGCCAAGCGAAUGUCGGGCUCUUUCUCAGCAGUCAGAAGUGGCACCCCGUUUGUCCUUGGAUUUGAUCGCGUCAGAGAAGGGACCAGAGCCGUGGUAGCGAAUCCUGGGCCUGGAGGACAGCGGCAGUACCAACGGGAUAUGGAAAGGGAACUCAUGCAAAAGUAUAAGCAAGAACUCAUUGAACUCUGCAACAAGGACAAAAUCAAGUAUCAUAACAAGAAGCAAGCUGUUGCGGAUCUGACGGCGAUCAGGGUAAGGGACGCAUAUGGUGAAGAAGAGGAGGAGGAGGAGGUAGAGGUUACCGAGGAGGAAACUCAAGAGGAGAAUCCUUCUUGAGUCUUACCGGGAUCCAUCCUAGUUAUGGCAACAG